AUGCCAGCACGUGACAGUCUAGUCUACCAGACGUCAGAAGAGAGAUCUCCCAACGUCUCUUCCCGUUCUCCAGCAACUCAACCACUCAACCCCACACGCAUCCUUUCGAAAACAGUCAUCACUUCUCAUCACUUUGGUCAUCGAUCCGCCACCAUGCUGAGUGUAGCGGACUACCAGAAAAAAUACGACGAGAUUUCAGCCAUCCGUCAGGCUGCGAAGAGCGACUGGACCAUUCCGAACGCUAGGAAGAGGGAGAUAGCCCACGAGUACAGGGCCGCUUACAAAGAGCUCCGAGCUGCUUCUGCUGCGGCAAUGGCCGCUGCAGCCCGGCCGUCUUCCACCGCUCCCAAGAAGCAAGAAUAA